AGUGAGCUGUUCACUGCUGCGACUGGAGUAUUGAAUCAUGUUUUCUCUCUGAUGCUUGGAAACAGAAGAGCUUGACUUCAUCCUGAGGAGGAUCAGGCGGCAGCAUGGCAGAUGAGAACGAGACACCUGCUGUUGCUCCUCCAGUGUUUGUGUUUCAGAAAGAUAAAGCACAAAAGAGGUCAGCAGAGGGAUACAGCACAGAGGAUGGAGAGGACUCUGAUAAAGAAGACGGCAGUUACAGUCCUGCUGCCAAAAGAGGAAGAAGAUCACCAUUUACGCAAUUCCCACCAUCUCAUUCCGUUUCUAAGAAUAAUGUUUUCAUGCCAUCCAGUUUCUGCCAGUCACCAACCAGAAACUCCGACUCAGAACCUGAAGAGAAGACUGUGGGGUUUCGCCUGAAGCCCCCGACUCUUAUCCAUGGCCAGGCGCCGAGCACUGGUGUCCCCAGCCCGAAACCCAAAGAAGCCCAGCGCAGCAUCCUGAGACCUCCAGUGCUGCAGCCCCCUCCGGCCCGAUCCCCCCCUCAGAACAACACAAGCAAAAGCAGUUCAAACGGAGCAAAAAACCUCUCCGAUGGAGGAGCAGAAUGUGAAGGUAACUCAGAGACGCCUGCUGCUGGCACACAGGAUAAUGACGUGACAUCGGUAAAGAACAACAGCACUUUUGAGCACAAAACAGAAGACAAAACUGAAGGUGCCCCAAUUGAGGGCAGUUUUGUGUUUGGACAGAAUAUGAGGGACAGAGCAAAGGUGGCCAACAGCUGUGUCUUAUCCGAGAGUGGCGAUUGUCUUCUGGCUGAAAAUUCAGAGGAGACCAAUUACUUUUUGCAGUGCGUCACUUCCAGUGCACAAAAACCUGAUAGCAGCAAUGCCAACAGCGUGAAGUUUGUCUUUGGGCAGAACAUGUUGGAUCGUGUCUUGGCGCUGCCGAAAUUCAGCACUGAACCUCCAGGGGGCAGCAGAGAGCCUCAGCCUGAGAGGGGCCUGUUCAGCCAGAUUUCCUCCUCACAAGAUCAAACUGUGGAGAAGAGUGACACCACGAAAGAGUCUCUGGAGGAGUCAGCGGCACGACACGAAGCACACAAACCCCAGAAGUGUUUAUUAGAGCGGGUGGAGGUCAGGACAGGAGAGGAGUCUGAGAGCAACGUGCUGCAGAUGCAGUGUAAGUUGUUUGUGUUUGAGAUGCUGUCUCAGUCGUGGGUGGAGAGAGGAUGUGGAGUGCUCAGGCUCAAUGACAUCGCAUCCGCUGAUGACGGCACCUUACAGUCCAGACUGGUCAUGCGGACUCAGGGAAGCCUUCGAGUGAUCCUCAACACUAAGCUUUGGCCUCAGAUGCAAGUGGAUAAAGCCAGUGAGAAGAGUCUCAGAAUAACAGCCAUGGACACAGAGGAGCAGGACGUCAAAGUCUUCCUCAUAUCUUCCAGCUCUAAGGACGCUGCGCAGCUCUUUGCAGCCCUGCACCAUCGUAUCCUGGCGCUGCGGAGCAUCAGCGGGCAGGAGUCUGACGGCCGUCCGGGCAACCGCUUCAGUGAUGACGACGAGUCCCGCACACCCCCCACAUCGGCGACGCCUGCUCAAGGUAAUCUGGAGGCAGGUGUGUGUCCAUCCACAGGUGACACAUAGUGGUGAGCCUGCUGCUGAUUUCUGUCCCACAAUGCCUCACUGCAGCCCUUUGAUCCGCUCAAAUACUAUGCAGGUGUUUUUAUUCCAAAAUCCUUCAGGUGUACUUUAAGUCUUGUGUUCAGCUGGUUUUAUUUAUUGCAUUUUAACAGCAAAAAAACUCAUCUUCAGGACUGGACACGUAACUCUCUCAAUGUCAUCAUAUUGAUGGAAAAGAGAGGCUCUUAGUGUUUUAGUAAACUGGUUUUCCAUUCUAAAUGUGAGACUUAAUUACUCCAUUUCCUGCUGAGUGGAAACAGGAUAAAGUGCACACAGAGUUAACAGAAACCAAACAGAUGCUAGUUGUCCCAUCUCAUCUUCCGUCACGGUUCUGCUCAGUUUCAGCUGCAUUGUUCAAAUUAUCCCUCACGUUCUCUCUUUAGAUUUCAGAAUGACUUUACUUGAGUCAUGUGAUUUGUAAGCGGCAUUUAGUUUCCUCAUAUAGUGCUGUAGAUCAGUACAAUAUUAAAAGAGAGCUGAUCGUUCAUGUGGCCGCUCUUCUCUUGAGUCUUAUAAACAUUCAGAAUCAGAAGUUUCACACUGCGGCUUUAAGUGGACCUCAUUUAUUAUUCAUAUUAGAUCAAAU